GCCAACGAUGGAUCACGGGCUCCCGGACAAGUCGCUGUACCCGCACGUGCCUCGUGUUCUGGGCUGGCUUGGCGGCGACCUGAACGACGCCGGCGACUACUCGAGACUCGCCGACGAGUCCACGAAGUCGCUGCAAGGUUUCGCCGAGAACUUCGCCACGUGGCUGGGACAGUGGUCUUUCGACGGUGCCCACAUCGACUGGAGGUACCCCGGUGGGCCCUGCGAUGUGGCGAAUGAUUACAAAGCGUUCGUGGCACUCCUGCAGCUCCUGCGGAAGAAGACCCGCCUUCUUUCCGUGGCCAUUGCUUACAAGGAUACGAUGCUCGCCAAGCGAUACGAUAUCGACAAUAUUGCCAGCCUGGCCGACAUGCUUAUACUGAACACGGACGAGAAGAUGGCGGAGGACAACACCGGUCAGCCGAGCUGCGCCGGAGUUUCUAUUACGCAGGUUGCCGCUUCCUUGUGGAGGGUUCGGCGCAUAGCUGUCAACUCCGAGCUGAAGCAGCGACAGCACGAUGGUGACUCUGCCAAGCGUCGUGUACAGCUCUGCCACACCGUGUCGCUAGCUUCCGCCGUCUACUACCGAAGCUUCGCCCAGCCUUCCAACAAGACCACAGGACCGUACGUGUUGAGCUCGGUGAUUCCGUACAGCGACCACUGCUUGAAGAAGCCGGGCUAUCGCAACCAGCCGCUGCUCAACGAGCCCGGCUGCACGGCGCUCGUGCGGGAGAACAUCAACGCCCCCAGGGUGAUAGCUGCGGCAGGGCCCGAUGACCUUCGGCGUCGACUGGAACAGGCCUACGUAGUUCACGACUUCGGACACGAUUGCGUCGCGGCUGCGGAACUACCUUUCGACGAUCGUAUGGGACAAUGCGGACACGGUCGAUGGCCGCUACUUCGAGCGCUCUACUGAUCGAUCGAUAAUCGCCCCCAAUACUCUACUGAUCGUCGAUGACCACCCCAAUGCAUCACUCGGUUCUCUCAAGCGUCGAAUUUUUGUACCCGACAGCUAGUAUCUCAUCUUGAAUCGUGCCAGCUGAUAUACGCUCUGUGAUACUCCUCUGGAGCAUCUGUUGUAUAUUUACAAUAUUAUAACUGAUUGUAUAAAACACCUAUAUCUGUCGAAACCUUGUAACAAUAAUGUCGUGUACCUUUGCAGCAACGCUGAAUUGUGCUACUUUAUUUUGUGUUAUACGAGAAAUAAUAACGUUAGUAAAUUUUUAAAGGCACCCUGCAACACUUUUUCAAGCAAUUGUCUAAUGUCUUCAUUAAAGGAUCU